UUUUUUUGGGUUAUUUUGUUGUUGUCUGCUAUGAAAACUCCUUGUUUUGGUUCUCAACUUGGUAGUUUUCUAAUGGGAAGUAGGGGUUUUCUUCAUUUGCUGGGAUUUUUUGCACUCUCUGGCCUUUUCCUCUCUGAAAUCUGUAUAGCUAGCAUUCGAAGAAUUGGGUCGAUUGAACCGGGUUUUCAAGGAACUCAAAUGGAUUGGAUCGACAAUGAUGGGUUGUUUCUUGUAUCUAACAACUCAGAAUUUGGUUUUGGCCUCACCACUACCUCAGAUGUCACAUUGUUUCUCCUUGUUGUCGUGCACAUGGAGACCACAAAAGUGAUCUGGGCAGCUAACCGGAACGUUCUUGUUUCGAAUUCUGAUCCCUUUGUUUUUGACAAGAACGGCAACGUGUUAUUGCAGAAAGGAGGAAAAGUUGUUUGGACGACAAAUACCGGUGAUAAAGGAGUUUCAGCAAUGGUGUUGCUGGAUUCAGGGAACUUGGUUUUGCAAGGGAAUGAUGGCACGCUAAUAUGGCAGAGUUUUGCUCAUCCUUCCAAUACCCUCGUUAUGGACCAAGAGUUUAGAGAAGGAAUGAGACUUGUAAGUGAUUCUAGCCCCAGUAACCUGAGCUAUAUUCUCGAGAUCAAGUCCGGCGACAUGAUUCUUUCAGCAGGUUACUCAACCCCACAGCCGUACUGGUCAAUGGGGAAGGACACACGAAGAAACAUUAAUAAGAAUGGUGGGGUGGUCACUUCAGCAUCCAUUGAUAGAAAUUCAUGGAGUUAAUUUGACGAAAGCAAAGCCUUGUUGUGGCAAUUUACAAUCUCGGAUCCUACUGAUGCAAACGCCACUUGGAUUGCAGUGUUGGGAAGUGAUGGCUUUAUAUCUUUCUUCAAUCUCCAUGCUAAAGGGUCAACGGCAUCGACUAAGAUCCCGGACGAUCCUUGUGGCACACCAGAAGCUUGCCAGCCAUAUUUUGUUUGUUCAGGACCUUCAGGCAACACCAGAUGCCAGUGUCCGUCACCGCUUAGUUCAAGCGCCUGCAAAACAGGCAUUGACUCUCCUUGCAGUCAGGGAAAGGAAUCUGUAAGCCUUGUAGAUGCCGGAACCGGGCUAGAUUAUUUUGCAGUCAACUAUGUUUCUCCAUCGUC